AUGGCGACCGUCAACGGAAAGGCAAACGUCAACCGGCCAGUUGAUGCCAAGCAGAAGGAGGCCGACGUCAACCGCAAACUUCAGUUCUACGGAAUCGCCAGCGCUUUCCAGCACGGCAAGGUUCCUUCGAACGACCAAAUCGAUGUCGCGUUGAACAGCUUCCUCCAGUCCAGGGCGCUCGCAAACCCAUCCAAGAAGCUCUCCACCGAGGGACAGGCGCUUGUUGCCGAUUUCCGGGAGGUUGUGAGACAGGCCAAGAAUCUCCUGCUCUCCAAGAACGACGGAAACCUCCUUCAGGAUUUCAUUUGGCAGACACAGCAAUGGGACCCCAAGGCUGUCAACGUCCCUGGUGCCCCUGUGAAUAAGGAACAGGCCCAGCAGCAUGGCAACCAGGCCCUCGAGGGAUUGCGCACUCUGGGCACCCUUAUUAUUACCAACGGCCAGUUCCGUAAGCUGCUCAAGGAUGCCACUGUUCUCCUCCGUGACAUCGCUGGCGAUGCUGCUACCAAUGCCGCAGCUCGCGUGAGACCUUCCCAGGAGGAUCUCCAGCAGAUUGAUGCGCCCGCUGCCGAUAACACUUGGCACGAGAAGCCUGAGCUUUCCCGCGAUCAGGUGAAGAGCAAGUUCAAUGACUUCUACAAGGGAAACCCCAAGGAGGACGCAAAGCACAUUAUGGGCGAGGCCACCUCUGCUGCUCACCCUGAUGGGUCUGCCAACCCCAGAGAUCUAGCCAACACCGCUGCUCACGAUGGCCGCACUGGCGGCUCUUCCGGAAUCGACGCUCAGAAGGGUGUCUCUGCUGCUGCGAACACCGCUCAGCAAAAGAUUGACCAGAACCUCGAUGAUGAGACCAGGGAGAAGGCUAAGAAUAAGAAAGAGGAGUACAGGGCCCGCACCAGGGAGUACUUCCAGAAGAAGGUUCCCCAGGAGCGUCGUGAGCAAACCAUUUGGCGCUUGAAGAAAAUGGUCGUUGAAUGCCAGCAACACCCUGAUUACCAGCGUGCGAUUACCACUUUGCUCAACCUCGCCGAGGAGUACGGUAGCCACGCCAACAGACUUGCUCAGGGGGGCACUGGUACUGUGAAGGAGACCCGUACCGCUUUGGCUCAGGCCGAGGGUGAUCUCAAGACCCUCAUCGAGCGCUUCGCCAACGGCACAUCCAGCGAUGAUCUGUGGGCUUCUAUCAACACCAUCUAUGAGGAUGCCGACAGAGAUCCCGAGUUGAAGAACUGGUUCAAGGCUAUGAAUAGCUACAUUCGCCGCUGCCUCAGGGAGGAGGGCUACAUUCUCGACGAUGCAUCCAACGAGGAGUGGAACCGCCUCUACGACCACGGCAACUACCUCCUCCGCAACAAGUAUCGCGCCCAUACUGACCGCAUUGUUGAUGAGCUCAAGUUCUUGGCCGAUCAGUUCGACCAGGAUCCUCAAAACCAGAGCUUUGCGGCUUCCCUCAACAAGCUGUUCGCCGACCUGGGCAACGAUGAGAACGGCAAGCCUACCUUCAAGCCCCAUCUCAUCAAGGAUUUGACCGACGUAAUCAUUCCCGCCAUGUUCGAGAAUGUUGCUUACAUUCCGGUUCCCCGUAUCGAGUACUCGGAUCCCCAGAUCGACGCCGUCAUCGAGAAUCUCGUCCUUGAAAGCGACAACUUCAUGCCCAAUGUCCUCGAAGUUGCUAGUGAAAACUACAUGCGCUUUGGUCGCAAGAAGAUCGCCAACAAGAACAGGAUGGCCGUUGACGUCAAGGUUGCUGGUAUCCAGAUGGAUCUGCGCGAUGUGAGCUACUACAUCAAGCGGAAGCAGGGCUUCCCAUCGCUCAGCGACACCGGUAUCUUCAACAUUCUGCUUGAAGGCGAUGGCUUCACCUUCAGGAUGAAGAUGUCUUCUGCAGAUGCUAAGGACAGGCAGAACUUCUUCAAGAUUGACAAGGUGGAUGUCGAUGUCAAGAACUUGCGUAUCAAGUUGGUCAAGUCCAACCACAAGCUGCUUUUCAACCUCUUCAAGCCCAUCAUGCUCAAGGUUCUCCGCCCUGGCCUCCAGAAGGCUCUUGAGAAGGCCAUUCGCGACCAGGCUGCCAGACUUGACAGCAUGCUGUACGAGAUCAAGCAGGAGGCUGACAGGGCUCUUGAUGAGGCUCGUGAGGAUCCCGAGAAAACUCCCAACAUCUACAACCGCUACGUCACGGCGGCUCAGAAGAAGAUCCUCCAGGGCAAGCAGAAGGCCCAGGGCGUUGUUGCAGACAAGAAGGUCAACUAUGCUGUCACCAAGGAGGACAGCAUAUUCCCCCACAUCCACCUUCCUGGCGGAAUCAGCUCCAAGGCCACGGAGUACAAGGACCUCGCUCGCAAGGGAGACAAGUGGGAGAGCCCCGUCUUCUCAAUUGGCUCUGCUGGCAAGAGCCACGACAUCCCUGGCGCUCCUCAUGUUGUUCGCAAGCCGCACGCUGCCAGUAACCCGCACACUGCCAGUAACCCGCACGCUGCCACUAAUGGUGCAGCCCACGGUUCUGGCAACGGGUACGCGCUCCACGGCGGUCCUGGCGCGAACGUCGGCAACGGUGGCCUGAACGUUCCCGGUGGCAACUACCUUCCUAGCGACCCUGCUAUGGGCGGCCAUGGUAUGAAGACUGUCGGCACUGCCCCUAACGGCCGCGUUGCUGUCGUUCACAUCUCCAUGGAGGAAGCAGAUCCCCAUCAUAUGUAUUUCCAAUCCAGUCCACUAACCCGAAACCCCAGCUUUCCAAACCGACCCCAUAACCACUCCAAAACCUUCCCCUUCUCCGAUCUCUACCGCACCCUCUUCAACCCCCUCAUAGACUGCAAACCCUCCACCUCCGGGGGCGGCCCUGUCCGCGGCCCCAAGCCAGGUCGGGGCGGCCACUUCUCCUCCACGGUAUCUUACCAUGAGCAGCGCCGCCACAUCAUCGAGCGCUUCAUGUCCCGCUGGCGCUCCGAAGUAGGCAACGACUUCUAUCCGGCCAUGCGCCUGAUCCUGCCCGACAAGGAUCGCGAUCGCGGGGUGUACGGGCUGAAGGAGAAUAGCAUUGGGAGGUUGCUGGUGAAGGUGAUGAAGAUCGAUCGCAACUCCGAGGAUGGAUAUAAUCUUAUGCACUGGAAAUUGCCAGGGCAGAGCGGGAUUAGUAGGUCGGUGGGCGACUUUGCGGGGAGGGUGUUUGAGGUUGUCAGCAAGCGGGCGAUGAGGAGCGAGCCGGGAAACAUGACGGUGGCGGAUGUCAAUGUUUUGCUUGACAGGCUGGCGGGGGCCAGUGGCGAGGCGGAGCAGAUGCCGAUUUUCGACGAGUUUUACAGACAAAUGAAUGCCGAGGAGGUGAUGUGGUUGGUGAGGAUCAUUCUCAAGGAUAUGAGGGUCGGCGCGACGGAGCGGACAUUUCUUAACUUGUGGCAUCCGGAUGCCGAGGCGCUGUUUAGUGUGUCUUCGAGCUUGAGGAGGGUGUGUUGGGAGUUGUAUGAUCCGGAGUUUCGGCUGGAGCAGCAGGAGACGGGGAUCACGCUGAUGCAGUGCUUCCAGUCGCAGCUGGCGCAGUUUCAGAUGACGACGACGUUUGAUAAAUUGGUGAAGAAUCUGGGCGUUACAGAGGAGGGCCAGGAGUUUUGGAUCGAGGAGAAGCUGGAUGGUGAAAGGAUGCAGAUGCAUAUGAUGGAGGACGAUACCGUGCCGGGAGGGUUCAGGUUUGCGUUUUGGUCCAGGAAGGCGAAGGAUUACACAUAUCUUUAUGGCGAGAGCUUGGGCGAUGAGCAGUCCGCUCUGACACGGCAUCUGCGCAACGCCUUUGCCGACGGCGUAAGGAACUUGAUUCUUGACGGAGAGAUGAUUACGUGGGACAUCGAUAUCGACAAGAUGGUCCCCUUUGGAACGCUCAAGACGGCCGCGCUGGAGCAGCAAAAGAACCCAUCCAAGGCCGGUCCUCGUCCGCUUUACCGUGUCUUCGACAUCAUGCUCCUAAACGACAAGCCGCUUACCGAGUACACCCUCAACGACCGGCGGAAAGCCCUCGAACGCGCCGUCGUCGGCGUCCACCGCCGCUUGGAGAUUCUUCCCUUCGAGCGAGCCACCUCCCCAGACGCCAUCGAGCCGCUUCUACGACGAGUCGUAGCCGAAGCAUCGGAGGGUCUUGUCCUCAAGAACCCGCGCUCGCGUUACUCGCUGAACAGUCGCAACAACGACUGGAUCAAGGUCAAACCCGAGUACAUGUCCGAGUUCGGCGAGUCGAUGGACUGCGUGGUAGUAGGUGGCUACUUCGGCUCCGGCCGGCGAGGCGGCACGCUCUCUUCCUUCCUCUGCGGUCUGCGCGUCUCUCAAAACUUGAUCGAAAGCGGCAAAGCAGCGACCGCCGAAAAAUGUCUUUCCUUCUUCAAAGUCGGCGGCGGUCUCAAGGCGGAGGACUACGCCGAGAUCCGGCAUCACACUGAAGGGAAAUGGCAGGACUGGGACGCUGCCAAUCCGCCCACAGAAUACAUCGAGCUCGGCGGAGGAGAGAGGUUGCAAUAUGAGAAGCCGGACGUGUGGAUCCGACCGAGCGACUCGGUCGUCAUCUCAGUGAAAGCCGCCAGCAUCACGCCAACGGACCAGUUCGCCAUGGGCUGGACGUUGCGGUUCCCACGGUUCCGUAAGCUGCGGCUGGAUCGCACGUGGGACUCGGCGCUGGACAUGGACGAGUUUGAAGUCCUACGAUCCAAGAUCAAGGACCAGGAACAGGAACGCAAAAAGAUGGAGAUGGAGAGUCGCAAGCGGAAACCGGCAACCAAGCGCGCCAGGAAAGAUCUGGUUAUUGCGGGCAUGUCUAAUCCCUCCUUGUCAUCUUCUGCUACACCCUUCGUUGCCCCGCGAGCAACGCGCGAAGCCAGCACCCACUUAUUCAUAGGCUUGGACUUUUGCGUCCUUUCAGAGUCUCUCAAACCAAACAAGAUGGCCAAGCCAGCUUUGGAGAAACUCAUAAAAGACCACGGCGGCCGCAUCUACCAGCAGGUGGUAGACCGCUCUGGUGACCAGGAAAAGAUAAUCAUCCCCAUAGCAGAUAAGAACGUGGUCAAAGUGGCUUCCCUCAAAAAGGCCCACCCGGAGAUGGACAUCAUCAGGCCGAAAUGGGUGUUUGACUGUCUUGCGCAGCCAAUGUCACGAAAGGAAAAGGGUUACCUCCUCCCCUUUGAACCUAUCCACAUCUUCCACGCUGGUAGCGAACAAACAGAGCAAGAAGCAGAAGAAGCAGUGGAUAGAUUUGGAGAUAGCUACGCUCGUGACUUGGCUGACAUAGACGAGUUGAAGGCGGUUAUGGAGGGGAUGGACCAGUCUGAUGAGUAUGUUUCUGACUCGGACUGGGAUUCGGAUUCCGGUUCUAAGAAGAACAGAGGAGGAGGGUUCGAUAUGAAUCACUUCCUUGGCCACCUAGAAGCGCAGGGCGCGGCUUCGCUGGAUGAGUUGCGCUCGUUCAUGUUUCGGCGGUGCCGGGUUUUUUUGCUUUAG